CGGCAGCGCAGAGCCGCGCGGGACACGUGCGAGCGAGCCGCGCUGCGAGGAGGAGGCUGGAAGGACGGCGGGGCCGGGGGCGCGGCGCGGGGCCGGUCGGGGCCCCCCGGGGGCGAUGCUGCCCCGGUGAAGCCGCGGCCCCGCCAUGGGGGCGGCGGGCGGCAGGCUGGCCCGCGGCUGGCCGGCGCUCUGCUGGCUCAGCCUGUGCGCGGGGAUCAGCUCCAUCGACACGGAGCGGCCCGGCGACGGGCGGUGCCAGCCCAUCGAGAUCCCCAUGUGCAAGGACAUCGGCUACAACAUGACCAGGAUGCCCAACCUGAUGGGGCACGAGAACCAGAGGGAAGCCGCCAUCCAGCUGCACGAGUUCGCGCCUCUGGUGGAGUACGGCUGCCACGGGCACCUCAAGUUCUUCCUCUGCUCCCUCUACGCCCCGAUGUGCACCGAGCAGGUCUCGACCCCCAUCCCCGCCUGCCGGGUGAUGUGCGAGCAGGCCCGGCUGAAGUGCUCUCCCAUCAUGGAGCAGUUCAACUUCAAGUGGCCGGACUCCUUGGACUGCAGCAAGCUGCCCAACAAGAACGACCCCAACUACCUGUGCAUGGAAGCCCCCAACAACGGGUCGGACGAGCCGCCCCGGGGCUCCAGCAUGCUGCCCCCCAUGUUCCGCCCGCAGCGCCCCAGCGGCGGCCACGACCUGCAGCAGCACAAGGACACCCUGAGCAGGGCCUCGUGUGACAACCCCGGCAAGUUCCACCACGUGGAGAAGAGCGCGUCCUGCGCUCCUCUCUGCACCCCGGGGGUUGAUGUCUACUGGAGCAAGGACGACAAGCGCUUCGCCGUCAUUUGGAUUGCCAUCUGGUCCAUCCUCUGCUUCUUCUCCAGCGCCUUCACCGUGCUCACGUUCCUGAUAGAUCCGCAGCGUUUCAAGUACCCCGAGAGGCCCAUCAUCUUCCUCUCCAUGUGCUACUGCGUCUACUCCGUGGGCUACAUCAUUCGCCUCUUUUCGGGGGCUGAAAGCAUUGCCUGUGACAGGGACAGCGGCCAACUCUAUGUCAUCCAGGAAGGACUGGAGAGCACUGGCUGCACCAUUGUGUUCCUGGUUCUGUAUUACUUUGGUAUGGCGAGUUCCUUGUGGUGGGUGAUCUUGACUUUAACUUGGUUCCUAGCAGCUGGGAAAAAGUGGGGGCACGAAGCCAUUGAAGCCAAUAGUAGUUACUUCCACUUGGCAGCAUGGGCCAUUCCGGCUGUGAAGACCAUCAUGAUCCUGGUUAUGAGAAGGGUGGCUGGAGAUGAGCUGACGGGGUUGUGCUAUGUUGGAAGCAUGGAUGUGAAUGCCUUGACGGGGUUUGUGCUCAUCCCUUUGGCUUGUUACCUAGUCAUUGGCACUUCUUUCAUUCUUUCUGGGUUUGUGGCCCUUUUUCAUAUCAGGAGGGUGAUGAAAACAGGUGGAGAAAACACUGACAAGUUGGAGAAACUUAUGGUCAGGAUCGGUGUCUUCUCGGUCUUGUAUACAGUGCCUGCCACUUGUGUGAUAGCUUGCUAUUUUUAUGAAAGACUUAAUAUGGAUUACUGGAAAAUUGUGGCGACUCAACAGAAGUGCAAGAUGAACAACCAGACUAAAAAUUUAGACUGCAUGAUGAAUAACUCUAUUCCAGCAGUAGAAAUUUUUAUGGUUAAAAUUUUUAUGUUAUUAGUUGUGGGCAUAACUAGUGGCAUGUGGAUCUGGACUUCCAAGACUCUUCAGUCCUGGCAAAACGUUUGUAGUCGAAGAUUAAAGAAGAGAAGUAGGAGAAAACCUGCAAGUGUUAUUACAAGUAGUGGAAUCUACAAAAAACCUCAACACCCACAGAAAACUCACCUUGCAAAAUACGAAUCGACGUUACAACCACCCACUUGUGUGUGACCAGGUUUUAGAAAAGACUGUCUCUCACCUUACAGACUUACGAGUAUCCGCAUUAGCAGUCAGAAAUUAAAACAUAAAUGGUGCUUUUCUUUUUUUUUCUUUUCUUCUUUGUCAGAGAACAGUUUAAUAUUCAAGGCAAAAACUGUUUCAUGCCGAAUUCAGGACCUGGUGAAAAACUGAAGGUAAAUGUGCUUACGGAGAGGUUUGCAGUGAAAGAAAUAUUGUGAAUUAAAACAGUCUCUUCUGUUACUAAUUUGUAGUUAAGUACCUCAUCCAGCCCUCAGUUUUUUAUUUUUUUUUUAAACCCAACACCCUAUUUAACUUUUUCAUGUAGCUGAGCUGGAUGUCCUACAAGUUUCUGAGUAACGAGGUAUAGUCAAGUUUUAUGGAGCAUUGAUUUUAUUUGCAAAGUGCCCAAGUGAGCAUUGUUUCUUUAGGGAAGCCAAAGUGCCAGAGAGGCCUCUGUUCAGUGAGAGCUCUCUGUGACAGCAACCUCCGGCUAACUUGAAAAAGAGAGAAAUCCUUUACAACUCACCUCAGCCUAGUGGGUUUGGAGUGCCUAAAAAUAGGUUCAAUCUAUAAUGCUCACCAAUAUUCUUUCACUAAAAGAGAAACUUCCUGCACCAGACACAAACUUUGUGAAUAAGAAUAAUGUGCAAUACAUUUUUUUUUUCCGUACCAUGACAUGAAAAGAGAAACAAGUAUUUUGCUGUACAUAAAGACAACAAAAGAAAUCUCUUAACAAAAGAACUAAGAGGUCUAGUCCUCAGAAACCCUUUAGUGUUACAUUUUGUGGCUUUUUAAUGGAAAUCAAGCCAAUGUUGCACACGUUUGGACUGAUUUGUGCAAAAAAAAGAGGGGGGGGGGAUCAAUUCAAAGAGACCCAAAGGGCUUAUUGACUCUUUCUAUUGUUAAACAAAUUCUCACUAUGAAUAGAUCAAGAAGCACUAGAUUCUGCAAAGGGAAGCUUUGUAUAGAGUGAUGCUCUUUACUGUGCUGGGGGUGCACAGUUUUGUGCUGUAUAUAUUUGUAAUAUACAAUUAUUUUUCAUGCUCCACUAUUUUAUUAAAAUAAAAUACGUUCUUUAGUUUGAUAAUUUUGUUGUGUUCUAAACUUUCUCUGAUGUGCUUUGUGGUUAAUAAACUUGUUUUCUCAAUUAUUUUAUAAAAGCACACUCCCAAUAUAAUAGUUGUUGUUAUACUUGCCUGCAAGUAUGAGCGAACAAUAAUUUGCUCGAAAGAAAUUGCAAGUUGGAGUUAAAUAAAUGGAUUUUGAAGUUGCAUCUUUCUGUGAGCUUCUGCAACUGAGAAAACCGAAUGGGAAGAAGCUUUAGUGAUGUAAAAAAGGUGCAGUGAUGUAGGGUAGUAGCGUGUUUACAAAGCACUGAGAUUACAGCAGUCAUCCUUGGUUAACACCCCUUUAAAAUUUGCAUAGAGUACGUUGGGUUUGUGUAAAGAUACUUCAGCACAGUUUGAGUACAAUUCAGUUUCUGCUUUUCAGGGAUUUUUUUUUUUUUUCCCUUCCAACACUACAGAAAGUAUUCCUGUUAUUUGGGAAAAGGCUUAGGGAAGAUCGGGAGAGAGAAUGGGGGAAUUAAAAACAAAAUUUGAACACUGGUUUAGGAAAGCUAUCUGAUAAAAUUGGAAAUACACAUUCAAAAAGUUUUUAGUGGAGCAUGAUUUGGUGUGAACCUGAAGCUUUUGUGCAGUUAACUCUGCGAUCACCUGGUGCGAUAGUAAUAGAACCUCACUUUCUCACACAGGCUGCUCUAGAAAACCUGUUAUCAGGUGUCUCAUCAUAGAAAGAAGUGAGGUCUUAAUGGAUUUUGGUAGGGUGAGGAUCCCUGUGACACUCACCUUGUGGCCAGGAACUUAAAAGGACUGGUUUUAGUGGCCUGGCUGUUCAGUUUGUGCGGUGCUGCAGAUGGAUUGUAGUCUUAUUGAAUGUUUCUAGGAAUGGCGAAGAACUUGAAUGACAAAAACGAUGUCGCGGGUGUUAUUAAUAAUCAUCAUAUCUAAAAUGCACAUACUCAAAGCAGCUUUCAAUAUCAAAUUUGUCUUUAGGGGGAAAAGGAAACACAUUUUUCCCUCCUUUGUGCGUACUGCUUGGUACACAGCUUUCAGAUGCCCUGGAAGUUAAUCCUGCUAGAGCCAAAGUAGGACAUUGCACUGGACAAAUCCACUUCUGAAACUACUGAGUUAAUGCCUUUGCAUCUGUCUGUGUUCUAAUUAAGGUGAAGUGUAUUAGAUCCCAAGAAAUACAAAGUUUUAAAAUAAUCUGUGUGGCAAAUUGCUACGGGGAUCCUUCAGAUGUGUGUUUGGUUACUGUGUGUGUCACCUUGCGAGUAGUCUCUCUGCUUCACUCAAAUUUCAUCUCUGACGUGAGGGUUAGUGCUGGUUUCUCUGGACAUCUCUGGAUUUGGUUCGAGAAGGGUUUCAGGCUUUACCCUGAAAUAUAUUAGCCAGGGAAAUAAACAUCCCGCUGUAUUUGUGCGCUAUAGAAAAUGAUUUACUUUCAUUGUCGAUGGUGUAUUUUUACAGUCUGCUACUAGGAUUCUGGAAGAGAAAAAAUAAUGAAGAAAGAUGUUCUGCAGUGGCUGAAUUCCUGCUGCCAUUCUGAGUUUAAUCAGUUGUCAGCCUAGGCUCUUCAUUGUUACCAGAGGAGAACUGCAAAUUCUUCUAUGAAAAUGCCAGAUAUGAAUGCUUGGCUGGAU